CGCCGCUGCUGCUGCUGCCGCCACUGCACCCAGCACAGCCAGGAAACACAGGAGCGGGACCAAGCGCAGCGUGGCGAUGGGCGGGAGUAGAGCCCCGCCGGAGAAACUGGACGGCCGCCGGUGACAGACUGUGCUCUGUCCACCGUGCCUCCUGCAUGUCCUGCUGCCCUGAGCUGUCCCGAGCUAGGUGACAGCGUGACACGCUGCCACCAUGAACGAGGUGUCUGUCAUCAAAGAAGGCUGGCUCCACAAGCGUGGUGAAUACAUAAAGACCUGGAGGCCCCGGUACUUCCUGCUGAAGAGUGAUGGCUCCUUCAUUGGAUAUAAGGAACGGCCCGAGGCCCCUGACCAGACCCUGCCCCCCCUAAACAACUUCUCCGUUGCAGAAUGCCAGCUGAUGAAGACCGAGAGACCGAGGCCCAACACCUUUGUCAUACGCUGCCUGCAGUGGACCACAGUCAUUGAGAGGACCUUCCAUGUAGACUCUCCAGAUGAGAGGGAGGAGUGGAUGCGGGCUAUCCAGAUGGUCGCCAACAGCCUCAAGCAGCGGGGCCCAGGUGAUGACCCCAUGGACUACAAGUGUGGCUCCCCUAGUGACUCUUCCGCAGCUGAGGAGAUGGAAGUGGCAGUUAGCAAGGCCCGGGCCAAGGUGACUAUGAAUGACUUCGACUAUCUCAAACUCCUCGGCAAGGGCACCUUUGGCAAAGUGAUCCUGGUGCGGGAGAAGGCCACUGGCCGCUACUACGCCAUGAAGAUCCUGCGGAAGGAGGUUAUCAUCGCCAAGGAUGAAGUUGCCCACACCGUCACCGAGAGCCGAGUCCUUCAGAACACCAGGCACCCAUUCCUCACUGCCCUGAAAUAUGCCUUCCAGACCCACGACCGCCUGUGCUUUGUGAUGGAGUACGCCAACGGUGGUGAGCUGUUCUUCCACCUGUCCCGGGAACGUGUCUUCACGGAGGAGCGGGCCCGCUUUUAUGGCGCAGAGAUCGUUUCAGCCCUGGAGUACUUGCAUUCACGGGACGUGGUGUACCGUGACAUCAAGCUGGAAAAUCUCAUGCUGGACAAAGAUGGCCACAUCAAGAUCACAGACUUUGGCCUGUGCAAAGAGGGCAUCAGUGAUGGGGCCACCAUGAGAACCUUCUGCGGAACCCCCGAAUACCUGGCACCUGAGGUGCUGGAGGACAAUGACUACGGCCGGGCGGUGGACUGGUGGGGGCUGGGCGUGGUCAUGUAUGAGAUGAUGUGCGGCCGCCUGCCCUUCUACAACCAGGACCACGAGCGCCUCUUCGAGCUCAUCCUCAUGGAGGAGAUCCGCUUCCCGCGCACACUCAGCCCUGAGGCCAAGGCCCUUCUUGCCGGGCUGCUUAAGAAGGACCCCAAGCAAAGGCUCGGCGGGGGGCCCAGCGAUGCCAAGGAGGUCAUGGAGCACAGGUUCUUUCUCAGCAUCAACUGGCAGGACGUGGUACAGAAGAAGCUCCUGCCACCCUUCAAACCUCAGGUCACAUCUGAGGUCGACACAAGGUACUUCGAUGAUGAGUUCACCGCCCAGUCCAUCACAAUCACGCCCCCGGACCGCUAUGACAGCCUGGGCUCGCUCGACAUGGACCAGCCGACCCACUUCCCCCAGUUCUCCUACUCGGCCAGCAUCCGCGAGUGAGCAGCGCUGCCUGCCUGCCGCUGACGCCGCCAUGGGACACUCACAAGGCUGCCAUCACUGCCGGAGGGCUUUGUCCUUUUUUUAAAAAAACUUUUUAUUUUGCCUUUUUUGUUUGCAUCUCCAUCCCUCACCCCCUCAAAUCCAAUUUCCAGUUUUUUCUUCAGCCCUCUGCCAAAAUCCCCUCAGCGGACCCAGUGGCCCUGCCUCCAGGAUCCUGUCCUGCUCUCACCUUUGUGCCCAGACCAGGACUGGGGAGACUACUCUGCCUGUCCCAGGACCAGGCUUUUGGGCAAUUGGGGAGAUUCCAGUUUUUCAUCAACACAAGCCCCAGUGAGGAGGGAAGGUAGAGUGGGAGCCUGCCUGAGUUUCCGGCCAGGCGUCCACAGGCAGCCUGCCUCUGCGCUGCUGCCCUCGGAAGCUGCCUUCUUGUGCGCUGCCUGGUGGACAGUGCUCUGGGGCUGCCUUCUAUGCCUGUCGUUAGACUCUGAGUGGCCUGGCGAAGGGACAGUCCGGCCCUGUCCCCCCAUGGAGGUAGAAAAGCAAUAAUGUGUAAAGAUAGGCAGGGCCUUUGGGAACUGCAGGAGUGGAGGUCUAGGGCUCCCUCGUGUGGCUGGGGCCCAGUUACCCUGUGGGGAACCUGGAGGGGCCCUGGGGAUGGGUGCUGCCUCCCCUCGCCCCACGCUGCUCUCCUGACCCUGUGGAAGAGGCAGGAGGAAAAUUUGGGGCCUAGCCUCCCCACCCCCCAGCCCCGUGCCUUACCAGGCUUCCUCCCUAGGGCUUCCUUCCAGCUGGCCUUACCUCCCGCUGGACCCCGGGCCUGGCCCCGGCCCCUCCAAGGAUGGGGGCCGGGAUAGCCCCUUCUCUCUGCCUGGGGUGGAGAGGCGCCAGCCUCGGCUGUUACACAUCUCGCACCGAGACAGUAUUGGGCCCCGUGGACUUGGGUCGAGGAGGAGGCGGGGGUAGGUGUCUCUGGUACUUACUGGGGUGGGGGCCUCUGAGAAGUAAGGCUCCAGGCCACCUCCCCCCUCCCCCUCUCCCAGCCCCACGUUCUGCAGCCUUAAGAUGAACGUGUGUCAGUGCUCUGGGCACUUGUGUGUGUGCCUUGAACUGUGUGUGGGUGUCCCUGUGCAUCUGGGACACAGAUACACACAGGGUGUAUGUAUGUGAGGGCAAGCGUGUCCCGGCCUCGAGUGUGCAUGGUAUGUGUGGGCUCGGCCCCUGUCCCUGGCCCGAGCAUUUAUUUCAUCCCAGGGGAGGGGUGCUGGCCUAGCAGGGGAGCCACACUUGAGGUCCACUUGCUGCCCUGCCCCUCCCCCUUCCCACCAACAUCUCCGGGUGUUUGGAAUGUAGUUUUUGUGGGUUUGAUCUCCCCACCCCACCUCCUGUACUAAGUAGUUCACAGAGAGACAUGCUGGGGUGGGGUGGGGGUUGGUUUGGGGGAGUGGGGGGGGUCUCUUUUCCUUUUUGUGUAUGUCAUUUAUCUGACAAUUCUUCCUCCCCAAUGGCCUUUUCCCGUUCCUCCUAUUUGUACGGUACAAGCAAUAAAGACCCUCGUUUAAGAUUGGGGCUCACCA